CCACAGCACAUUGAAUUGGAGCUUGCUUGCAUUUACAGAGUUUAAGUCCAUUGUCACUGUGGUGGGAAGCAUGGUGGUAUGCAGGCAGGAAGAUAGACAUGGUGCUGAAGAAGAAGCUGAGAGUUCCACAACCAAAUCCCAAGACAGCAGAAAGAGAUUCCGGGUCUCUCUUGGGCUUUUGAAACCUCAAUGCCCACCUCAGUGACAUCCUCCAACAAGGCCACACCUACUUCAACAAGGCUACACCUCCUAAUCCCAGUCAAGUAGUGCCACACCCUACAAGCAAGUGUUCAAAUAUUUGAACCUAUGAGGGUCACUCCUAGUCAAACCACCACACUCUGUAAACACGCAAAGGCUCUUUUGUUGAAUGGGUCUAGCCUUCCCUCCUCUUAUAAGAGGUUACAUAAUGUGUGAUCAGUAGGCAUUACUAGUGUCUACACUCGAAGGAUGGCAUUUAUAGAGCUAAAAUAUUGGAAGUUUGACAACAUGGCAUAACGGAAAAGAAAAACAUUUUUAAAAGGUCAAACCAAUAUGUAAGUCCUAAGUCCACAAUCUCUAAAUAUAUUUUUGUGUUCCCUUGGUUUUUCUGUCUAUAAAUGGAAACUAUAAAGCCACCUUGGCAAUAUUAAUGGGAAUUGACUCUUGUGAAAUACUAACUGAAAUCUGACAUAGAGUACUUGAUUAUUUUUAAUAUUACUAUUACUUAUCCUUUUUUGUAAGAUAUUUCUGUGAAGGUGGAAAUGAUAUUAUGAACAAGGUUUUCUGAAAAGGACUGUACCUUUCAUUGAAACUCCUGCAAGAUUGGAUAAGAAUGUCAGUGACGUGGAGGGACCUGAAUGUUACACAUCCAGAGAUAGAUUGUUCUCGGGAAUUUUGUUUGUUUGCUUGUUUUCAAAACAGGUUUCACAGUGUAGCCCUGGCUGUCAUGGAACUAUCUCUGUAGACCAGGCUGGCCUCCAACUCACAGAGAUCCAUCUGCCUUUGCCUCCAGAACACUGGGAUUGAAGGUAUACACCAUCACUGUCCAGCUAACAUUAUUUUAUUUAAAGUUUUCUUGCCCCAGAGGCUUGCUUUUAUUCAAAUGGAGUUCACAUUAAAUAAGUACUUUUAUCUUGUUACUUUUUGAUGGCUUAAAUGGAUUUGUCUUACCAUAACAGUUUAUCUGAAAAACUUUAAAACUCAAUAGAUUUCAAUUAUGCUCAUCAGCUUAAAGAAGUAUGGGCAAUUAGUGAUAGUUUUCAAGAGGUACACAAUAUGGUCCUGGACCUUAAUUCAUAGUUUUUUGUGCUUGUUUUCUUUCUUUUUAGAAAAUCCUUCUUAGUGGCAACAAAAAUGUAUGCCUACAUCCUUGGGCCCUCAGACUUCCGAGUUUUAAAGACAGCAUGAAAAUAGCCAAGUUCUCUACCACUGAGCUACAAUCCUAGUUCUGAUUCCUUAAAGAGCCAAAGAAGCUGUCCCAAAUUAGAGAGAGCAUUCCAGUUUUCCCUUGGCGAUUUGGUGAAUCCUCUCUCAGGAAAUUUGUUUUGCUAGGCAGCAUUUGAAAGAAUGCUAGUCAGGAAAAAGUAUAGCAGGGAAGGAUCCUGUCUGCUUUCAAGGUAUCUAGUAGAUUUGAAGGGAACCUUGAAUAGAAGCUGCAUCUGGUGGUGAAAGAAAAGUGGAAGAAAUCUAUAUUUGUAGAGACGGGCUGGCUGGCUGAUUAGAAUUCCUGCACUGUGGAAACGCUGGGAUAGUGCAGGUCCGGAGGCUAAUUCUCUUAUCAUGGGCUAAGUCCUGGCUUUCCGGAGAGACAUUCCUUGCAAACAACUCUCCCCUGCCAUGUUGGAACUAACAUCUUGUGACAACAGAUAAAAAGAGACCUUUUAACAUUUAUUAACUCAGCAGGCAACUAGCUUCAACCAAUCUAAAAGAUGAGCUUGUUGAAAGGCCCCUCUGAUUUUGAUGUAUCUGCUUCUCUGAUGUACCCACCAGUGUAUUUUAAAAUUGCUUCCAUUUACAACUUUUAUUCUGUAAAACUACAAAAACAUGAUGAAACUCUUUCCACGCUGGAACAUGGAAUUUGAGGUAGCCUAAAGUCUGUGUUUCCUGGCCAAAGUCACUCAAAUGGCUCCAGAAUAAACCCUCCCCUAUUUCCUUUAAGAUGAAAACUACAAUUUUUACAUUAACAAACUUUUAAAAACAUUUUCUUGUUUAUGUGUGUGUUUCUAUCUGAGUGUAUGGCACAUGAGUGCAGGUACCAGUGAAUGACAAGUCAGGGUGUUGUAUCUCCUGCAGUGAUUGUGAACAGCAUGACACGGAUGUUGGGAGCCAAACUCUGAUCCGCUGGAAGAACAGUGUGUGCUCUCACGGCUGAACCAUCUCUCCAGACCCAUCAACACAGUUUUUUGAUUUACUGGUUUGUAUAAGAGUCUGAUCUGAUGUUUGUUUUCUUCACCUGUUUGUACCUCAUUUCCUGAAACAAGUGCAUGUGUCUAUACAUAACUAUCCCCCUCCACACACUUUAGGCUUCUCUUCUUUUUCCACACAUAGUUAAACUCAGCUACAAACCCCAGCUCUCCCUUUUGUUUUUAACAAGCUUCUCACACUUAGAACAUUCACACUAAGACAGGUGUUUAAAGUGCUGAACAAUAGAUCCAGGUGGACCACAUCAUCAUUUAAAAAUACUGUUUUAGGCUCUGCGGCAAAAGCUCACGCAUAUUGGUAAUGUAUUUAUCAUAAAGCCAACGUAACAACACAGGGUUUACUCCACAAAUAUGUGAGCGAGUGCAUUUGAUUUUUUUCUAGGAAUGUAUAAUCGUUCCCUCAUCAUCUGAAAUUUGAUCACAGGAGGCCAAGUGACAGCAAGAGCAAUAAAAGUUGAAACCACAAAUCCUAAACUCUAAACCCCUCUAAGAUGGUGGGUGCCCUUUGGGUUUCCACAGAACUAACAAAGAUUGUGGUCUUGAUAUCACAGAAGGUGUCAGUUUUAUUUAUUUUUUUCAAGUUUCACGGUGUGGGCCAAUCAUAUUUAUGAAAAAAGAUUAGAUAUCUGGAUAACAAGACCAGGAUGAACGUCCUUGAAUUUGUAGUACUUAAUCUGAAAAAAACGCACGUUUGUCAUUGUUCGUUUAAUCUUAUUCAUGCUACAACCAUGUGAAUAAAUAAAAUAGUACCAGCAAAACCACCAUCGAAAUUUUAAAAAAAGUGAAGUGAGGAGGAGGCCCAGGCUGGGCAACCACAGCAUGUGGCUGUAAUUCCAGUCAGCCCGGUCUAUACAGGAGACCAUGCCAAGAAGAAAGAGAGGACAGGACAGGGGACGGAAGGGAGUGAAUGAAUGAAUGAAUGAAUGAACGAACGAAUAGGUUUGGGACUAGGUAACUGCAAUUUGUAAAGAAGCCGAUGAGGUUCAAGGUGGUAUUUAGAGCUGCCUGGAAGUUCAGUGGCUCUGCCUGUUCGGAUGAGGUGUUAUCUUUCACAGAGCUUGUGAAGACACUGUGUCCUCUCCCUAGGCGAGCUUCCUCAGGCAGAUGACCUCCGCAGGGUUCCGGCCCCGGGUGAAGUGCAGAGGUGAAGAUGGGGGGCGGCGGCGUGAAGCAGCAGGGAGCAGAGGUGCAUUCCCGCCCGGCUAACAAAGGCUGCUGAGGACUCCCAGACCCAGGAAGGCCGCGCGGGGCCGAAGGGUUAACCCAGAGCCCCGCUCCCGCGCGCAUCCCGGCCCCCGCCCUCCCGUCGCUAGGAGACGCCGGAAGUGGGGGAGGGGCGGCGCGGGUGGGAAUCUUUUUCGGGCGCUGGGGGCGGGUGGAGGGGAGCGCGCGUGCGCGCGCCCGUCGCCGCGGUGACCGUCCUCGCGGCCCGUCGGCUCGCGCCCCGCCUCCAUUCCCCUCCGCCCCCUCCCUCGUCGCGCGCCGUAGGGUGUGUGUGGGGGGGUAGCCGCUCGCUCCUCCCGAUUCCCGCCGCGUCCGCCGCUGCUCCUCCUCUCCCGGGCGUCGCGGCCGCUGCCUCUGCGGGCUGUAUGAGGAGGAGUAGGAGGAGGAGGAGGAGGAAGAGAAGGAUGUGAAGAUGGCGGAGCUGCAGAUGCUGCUGGAAGAGGAAAUCCCGGGGGGCCGCCGGGCUCUCUUCGACAGCUACACGAAUCUGGAGCGGGUGGCCGACUACUGCGAGAAUAACUACAUCCAGUCACCAGAUAAGCAGCGAGCCCUAGAAGAAACCAAAGCCUACACCACUCAAUCCUUAGCAAGUGUUGCGUAUCUGAUAAACACCUUGGCCAACAAUGUCCUACAGAUGCUGGAUAUCCAGGCAUCACAGUUACGGAGGAUGGAGUCUUCAAUCAACCAUAUUUCACAAACAGUUGAUAUUCAUAAAGAGAAGGUUGCAAGAAGAGAAAUUGGUAUUUUGACCACCAAUAAAAACACUUCAAGGACCCAUAAGAUUAUUGCGCCAGCCAACCUUGAGCGGCCAGUUCGUUAUAUUCGAAAACCUAUUGACUACACAAUUUUAGAUGACAUUGGACAUGGAGUGAAGUGGUUGCUUAGAUUUAAGGUGAGUACCCAGAAUAUGAAAAUGGGUGGAUUGCCACGUACGACACCUCCAACUCAGAAGCCCCCAAGUCCCCCUAUGUCAGGGAAGGGGACACUUGGGCGGCACUCCCCCUAUCGAACACUGGAGCCAGUGCGUCCUCCAGUGGUACCAAAUGAUUACGUACCUAGCCCAACCCGUAAUAUGGCUCCCUCGCAGCAGAGCCCUGUGAGGACAGCUUCUGUGAAUCAAAGAAAUCGAACUUACAGCAGUGGGAGCAGUGGAGGAAGUCACCCAAGUAGUCGGAGCAGCAGUCGGGAGAACAGCGGAAGUGGUAGUGUGGGGGUACCCAUUGCUGUGCCUACUCCGUCUCCUCCAAGCGUCUUUCCAGCCCCUGCUGGCUCUGCUGGCACUCCUCCCCUUCCUGCUACUUCUGCAUCUGUCCCCACCCCUCUUGUUCCUGCUACUGUUCCCUCCUCCACUGCCCCAGACGCUGCUGCUGGGGGUGCACAGAGCCUUGCUGAUGGCUUCACUUCUCCAACUCCCCCUGUUAUUUCUUCUAACCCCCCCACAGGUCAUCCUGUUCAGUUCUACAGCAUGAACAGGCCUGCCUCUCGCCAUACACCACCUACAAUAGGGGGCUCGUUGCCCUAUAGACGUCCUCCUUCCAUAACGUCACAAACAAGCCUUCAGAAUCAGAUGAAUGGAGGUCCUUUUUAUAACCAGAAUCCAGUAUCUCUUGCUCCUCCUCCUCCUUCCAUCCUACAGGUAACUCCUCAGUUACCUUUAAUGGGAUUUGUGGCCAGAGUCCAAGAAAAUAUUUCAGAUACACCACCUCCACCCCCACCUGUGGAAGAGCCAGUCUUUGAUGAAUCCCCCCCUCCACCGCCUCCUCCAGAAGAUUAUGAAGAGGAGGAAGCAGCUGUGGUUGAGUACAGCGAUCCGUACGCUGAAGAGGACCCACCGUGGGCGCCAAGGGCUUACUUGGAAAAGGUUGUGGCAAUUUAUGAUUAUACAAAAGACAAGGAAGAUGAGCUGUCCUUUCAGGAAGGAGCCAUUAUAUAUGUCAUCAAGAAGAAUGACGAUGGUUGGUAUGAGGGAGUUAUGAAUGGUGUGACCGGGCUCUUCCCUGGGAACUAUGUUGAGUCCAUCAUGCAUUAUUCGGAGUAGAGCCCGGCACAGCUGUGCUUCUCUCAGGAGGUCAGGUCUUCCCAGAUUAGCUUGAGGCCCUGGGAAUUUCCUCCCAGUGAAAUGAAUGAAGCAUACAAAUGAUGAAGUUACUCCUUUUAUUACUGUUUUGGUUUAUCCCCUUGUAUCAAAAACUGAAAGCCAAGUCUGAACAAGUGGAUCUUCUUGCUGUCAUUUGCAUUAUGCUGUCUAGAUUGAAAAUGUGACCAUUUCUCAAUCAUGAAAGGCAUACCAACAUGAACAUGUAGCUAAAACAUGUAAGACCAAGACUGACUUGAGGAAAAAUAUCUGGGAUCUUUCUCAGGAAUACUGUACACCCUUGGAUUUCUCUUCCUGCAGAAUCUGUGACAUUGGAUGCUCAUUGCCUCUGCUUUGGGGCUAACCUCAUGGCCUGGUGGACACCCUUGCCCUUUACUUUCAGUAUAUGGAGAGGAAAGGAACCAGUGUUUAAAUACUUUAUUUAACUGCUUUUUGAUUGCUUAAGGCUGUUUUCCUUCUUUAACACUGUAAACCCUGUGUUCUCUUAGCACUGGAGUGCGCUAGGUGAGUUAACCUUGAACUCCCUUGCACCCUGUCCUGUUUGUAGAUUAUAAGGAUGACAAAAUGUGAAAGUCUCCAAAUAUUCCCAGGGUUGUUAACAGUUUGAUUUUAAUGCACUGUUGCAUGAGACUGCAUUGCUGAUAGCAGCCAGUGAAAGCAAUGUGAAAUGUGGUGUAGGUACUUCAUGUACUGAGGUGAGCUUGUUGGAUACGAAGGUUCCUAAGGAUCUCCAGCCUUAGGCUGUUUCAGAGCAGGAAGUCAGACCAGCUAUUACUGUUCUUUUGAUAUUCAACCCCCCCACCCCACCUUUAAUUUUUUAGCAGAGACUAGUGUUGUCAAGUCUCUUGACAGUCACUGGACUGGGAAUGAAAGGCUGCUACCAUGCUCUUGGACCAUUAUCAAUGGCAGUGUUAGCUGAUGCCAAGUCAUUUUCAAUCUCUCAGCUAUAGAAAAAUAAGUCUCCUCCUGAUCUGAAGUGAUUAGACUCUAAAGUGGCACUCCUAGUAAUAUUCUGAAUUUUGUGAUUCAGAGUGAAGAGUGUGCUGGAGAAGACUAAUAGAAUAAAAUACUUGCCCAGUCACACUGAGGAAAAUCAGUAGUAUGUAUUUGAAACUAUUGGCAUCUCCCUCAUCUACCGAAGAGGAAGUAAAGCUGUUGUAAUCCAGAUGCAGGCCUUGUACAUGCUGUCUGGUGAUGCUAGAAGAACAAGCGUUGUAGAUGUGAAGAAAAGCAGACUAUAAGGCACUGACACUCCACUGGUAGAUCCGCUAUCUGCACCUGAGGCUUCACUGUGCAACUCGGACCCAGACAGUGUUCUUCUCAAGACCUCUUUUGCUUUAAGGUUGUAGGUUUUGUUUGUUUCAGACAUGGUGUCUUCCUGCUCUAGCCUCUCAAAUACUAGGAUUGUAAGGAGGAGCCACUGUACCAGGAGCAGCAGGCUGUUUUGGUUUUAAUUUUAUUUUAAAACCACAUUGCACAUCAGCUAUCACGCUUUUAGAUGGUUUGUUUUUUUUGUUUUUUGUUUUUUUUUGUUUUUUUUUGGAUUUUUUGAGAUAGGCUUUCUCUGUAUAGCCCAGGCUGUCCUGGAACUCACUUUGUAGACCAGGCUGGCCUCAAACUCAGAAAUCCACCUGCCUCUGCCUGCCGAGUGCUGGGACUAAAGGCGUGCGCCACCACCGCCCGGCUCACACUUUUAGAGUUUUUUUAGAUGCUUUGGAUUCUUUAACUUGCUUCUAGCACACGUUCCACUUCAUGGAUUUGUUAGGUCAUCUUGACUGUCUUCAGAAUAUAUCCCUGAAGUCCUCUGAACCUUUAGUUCCAUUAUGGACCCAAGCAAGACUGUAUAUGAACGUUUAACUCUGAUUGUAUUGGUACAUGGAAACUUUUGAAAAAUAGUUGCACUAAUUAUUUAUUUAAGUAGCCUUUUGUUGAACAAGCUUAGUUGACUAAUAAGACGUUUGGAAACCCAGCAAACAACUAGCUUUUGUAGUCAUAGAAACAACUGGUGGUAGGCACCAGGAAUACAGUUUAUCUUCUGGACUCCUGCUGAGUUGGGGUUUGCAGAAAACACUUGUGAAAUCCUUUGUGCUGAAGACUUGCACUGGGGGUAAUCCAUGGGACAGAUGACUCCCUCCCCCUUGUAUUAUUGAGUACUAAUAGGGUUUAAAAACGAAACACAAAAUACUCUAUGUUGGCCUUUUCCCCCAAUCUUAAAUUUUUUCAAUUUUGGAUUCUAUGAAUUGUUUUGGAAGGAUACUCUGUAACAAUGAGCCAGGCCUACAGUAAUCGGAGACUUUUAAUGUAUGUAAUAUUUUAUAGAUUGCAUGCUGUUAAUACUGUGAGGUUAUUUCCUGUUUUAUUGUAAAUUUUCCCAUUUAUUUGCCCAUAAACUAAAAUAUGGUUGAUAUUAGGAAUUUUAAACAAAUGUUGAAACUUUGCUGACCAGAAUGCAACCACUUUACCAAGACACAGGUACUGAGGGCUCUGGUCUAUCCUGAAAUGUCUGAUUCUGUGCACAGUUCCUUUACCCUUAAAAAAAAAAAAAAGAAAAGACUGGACAUGUCUCUUUUUUUGCUGUUAAUAUUUGAAGGUCCAAGGAUCUGAGUGAAAAUACAUUCUUGUGUUUGAUCUUAUAGCCAAGGCAAAUUAGAAACAAAAAUAGUGCCAAUAUUUUGAAAUCUAGACCCAAGAUUUCAGCCUGCUGUGUUUGGAAUAAAUAUGAAUUUUUAAAGAUGUCUCCUACAGUAUUUUCCUUUUGGCUACUUCUGUCUUCCUGAGAGGUACUUGUCCUCAUCUAGGGAUUAGCACAGGACUGCUGAGUUUGCUAUUCUUAAGUCACUGGGUGACAAUUUUUACCCCCUCCUUUCCUUACCAGUACUACUGCUGUUUAUAUUGCCUGGCUAGAGACUGGUUUAUGCAUCUUUACAAAUGAUGUCUACCAUGUAGUUGCCUCGUUAACAGUUUUAUGUUGAUUAAAGAUGAUUCUUACGUGUGGGACAUCAAAAUGAUAGCUUGCUUUUAUCUUUCAGUUCUCAUUUUCUUUUAAGGUCACCUUUCUGCAGUACAGCUUGCUUUACUCUUUUCUCCUCAUGGAGAACAUGGUGUCUCCCGAAGGCCGCCUUUACGCCUGCAAAGGGCUUUGGUGGAAGAAAUGGUUGGUAGACUUCCAAAUCUUUGAAAUGAAUGGGAGCUGUUUACUUAUGAAUAGCUUUGGCCAGAAACUCCUCCCGAAGGUGACUUGAUGUUUCCCUAACACCAUUUACUUGGAAUCAGAAUUUUUGAACUAAUAAGCUUUAACAAUGUUUGUCCCGGUCUCACCUGAGUGAUGCUGUGUUUUAGAUAAGCAGCUAGUUAGUUCUUGACUCAGUGCUCGGUUCUCUCUCCACCGGACCAACUGUUGUAACUAAGCGUGCUGUACUUUUCUUUAGAAAUAGAGUUCUAUCUGUAUUCAGGAUUAUACUUGAAAAAAUAUGCCAUGUUCUGAUUAAUAACCAUCAAAGUAUUCAGAUUGCUUAAAGGAAUUCAAGUGCAACCUGCAUUCACCCCUUCUAAAACUUAAUUCAUAAAUACCUUUCUAUAAAGCUGUGUGUAGCAAGAAUGCAUUGUAUUUAGUUCUAUGCUGGCAGGAACAGAAUGGAGCACAACAAAGUACACAGCCUUACUUACGAGAGCCUUACAAAGUUACUAAAUGAAGACAUUGAGCUGGCUAUCUAAAUUUACUUUAUGCUCUUUGUUUUAUUGAGAAUCUCUAUUUAAAAAAAAUCAACAAAUGACAGGGCCUAGCUGUGUAAAUGACCUUGCAAAAUAUGUUAAUUUUUUUGUAAAAAAAGGAUUAUUUUCACAUUAAAGUGAAGCCUCUUUCGCAAGUUCAGAAAUCUAUGGGAAAGCAGUUUUUAAUCAUAUUUUAUGUCCUAUACCUUUUUUUCUUAAUAAAAUGGUUUACAAAAAGAAUGUAAACAAUUUAUGAUCUGGCAGUUACACUAAGGGUUCCCAGAGAGUUGGUGGUACUGAGUAAAAAACCAUUCAGGCAACUUGAGCAGACAACUGUUGUCAGUAACAUUCCUUGUGUGCGCCAUUAAGCACCUCCAGAUGAAUGAGGGACAGUCACUUAAUUUUUAAAUUGUAUUCGGAAUAAUUACUGCUGUGUACUAAGAACUUGACCCAAAUAAAAAUCACACGAAGUAUAUUGCAGUGUCUUGUAGAAUCAUUUAUAUAUUUACUACUUCUUUCUAAGGUGGUUCUAAGCAUUGAUGUACUGUUCAGUUACGUAACAUUUAAAAAAUUCAAAUACUGUUGGACUUCUUGCAAGUUUGGUCUCUGAAAUAUUUUGUUUUAAAGACAGCUUCUCAUUUUAGUUAUGAACACGGCUUUUUCCAGAUAUAACUAAAUUUUGUUAAGUGUAAAAUUUUCCAUCAUUGGAAUGGGGUUUUAAAACAAAGUGUGGGUUAAGAUUCCAGAAAAAAUGACUAUAGAAGUUCUCUAGUGAUUUGAGUGAUGUGCAGUUUAUCUCCAGAGUGAGGAUACUACAGUUCUUGCUGCCUUACAAGCCCAUUGUUCUUCAGUGCCUUUGUCACUUCCAUGACACAUAAUGUGGAAACUGGAAAACUCAACUAAAACACAUUUUAAAGAAAUGUUUUCAAGAAAAGGAUUUCUCUGUAAAUAAAAGGGUCUUUUUGUCAUGAGUAUUCUGGUGUCUAAAAAUAAAUGGGACUCCAGCCUUUUGUUUUUAUUAAUUAGGGUUUGGAUUCACACAUUGAGGUGUUGGAGAUUGGGAGGGUGCCAUCUGUUUCACUGUCCUGUCAUUCUGAGUCUACUGUGUACUUUUUUCAGAGCCAGGGUCAAACACUGACGACAGAUGGUGAAUAACUUUUUGUUUUAUUAUAGUUUGAUGGUAAAUGGUAAGGAAAUGUGUAACCUGAAACUAAGUGUAUCCAUUUGAUAUGGCAAUCCUAAUACAUAAUUGUAUUUCUAAA